GUUGCAGGGCAGGCAUAAAUAGCCAGCAGUCCCUGCCCGGGAAACUGUAAUUUGCCUGGAGUUUCUGGAGCCCCAGAGGAAGCAACCGACAUGCUUCUCCUCCCUCUCUCCGCGCUGAUCCUGCUCACACGGCCCCCAGGGUCACUGGGAGCAGAAAUGAAGACCUAUUCCCAGAGAGCAGCGACCAAUGCCUGCACCCUGGUCAUGUGUAGCCCCAUGGAGAAUGGCCUGCCUGGUCGUGAUGGACGGGAUGGGAGAGAGGGCCCCCGGGGCGAGAAGGGGGAUCCAGGUUUACCAGGAGCUGUAGGGCGAGUGGGGAUGCCCGGACCAGCUGGCCCAGUUGGGCCCAAAGGGGACAAUGGCUCUGCUGGAGAACCUGGACCAAAGGGAGACACUGGACUAUGUGGGCCUCCAGGACCUCCAGGCCUGCCUGGUCCAGCUGGAAGAGAGGGUCCCUCAGGGAGGCAGGGGAACACCGGACCUCCAGGCAUACCAGGCCCCAAAGGAGAGACUGGUCCCAAAGGAGACGUGGGUGCCCCGGGCAUGCAGGGCUUCACGGGGACAAGAGGCCCUGCAGGUCUUAAAGGAGAGAGAGGUGCCCCUGGAGAGCAUGGAGCCCCUGGAAAUGCUGGGGCAGCAGGGCCUGCUGGAGCCAUGGGUCCACAGGGACCUGCAGGUGCCAGAGGCCCCCCAGGACUGAAGGGGGACAGAGGUGCUCCUGGUGCAAAGGGAGAGAGUGGGCUCCCAGGCAUCACUGCUCUGAGGCAGCAGGUGGAGACCUUACAGGGACAGGUCACAUACCUCCAGAACGCCUUCUCUCAGUAUAAGAAAGCGGAGCUCUUCCCCAAUGGCCAAAGUGUUGGGGAGAAGAUCUUCAAGACGGGAGGCUUUGAAAAAACGUUUCAGGAUGCACAGCAGGUGUGCACACAGGCCGGGGGACAGAUGGCAUCCCCACGCUCUGCGGCCGAGAACGAGGCCUUGAGCCAGCUGGUCACCGCUCAGAACAAGGCCGCUUUCCUGAGCAUGACCGACAGCAAGACAGAGGGCAAGUUCACCUACCCAACGGGGGAGCCCCUGGUCUAUUCCAACUGGGCCCCAGGGGAGCCCAACAACAACGGCGGCGCCGAGAACUGCGUGGAGAUCUUUCCCAACGGCAAGUGGAACGACAAGGCGUGCGGGGAGCGGCGCCUGGUGGUCUGCGAGUUCUGAGCCCGGGGAGGGCCGGGCAGGGCCCAGCGCUGUGUGCUGCCGACGUCCCAAUAAAAAGGUGACCCUCUGCUGGCCAGGGCUUCUCCACUCAGCCAUGGGAGGAGGCCAGAAGGUAGCGCUUCUAGGGAGCACAUCCCUCAGAAUAAAAUACGAAACUGGCUUCACA